CGUGGCUCGCCAGCUCCGCUGCCACAGCCGGGCGUGAGGCGGCGGCGGCGGCGGCGGCGGCAACGGCGGCUCUCCCGGUCGCGAGCUGAGAGAGCAUGACUUCUGCAACUUCACCGAUCAUUUUAAAAUGGGAUCCCAAAAGUUUGGAAAUCAGGACUCUAACGGUGGAGAGAUUAUUGGAGCCACUAGUUACACAGGUGACGACCCUCGUAAACACAAGCAACAAAGGGCCAUCGGGGAAGAAGAAAGGUCGAUCCAAAAAAGCUCACGUCCUGGCAGCUUCGGUUGAACAAGCUACUCAGAACUUCUUGGAAAAAGGAGAGCAGAUUGCAAAAGAAAGCCAGGACCUGAAGGACGAAUUGGUGGCGGCAGUGGAGGAUGUGCGCAAGCAAGGUGAAACCAUGAGAAUUGCUUCAUCGGAAUUUGCUGACGAUCCUUGUUCCUCUGUCAAACGAGGCACGAUGGUCCGAGCGGCUCGAGCUCUACUUUCUGCUGUCACUCGCUUGCUCAUCCUGGCUGAUAUGGCAGAUGUCAUGAGGCUUUUAUCUCACCUGAAAAUUGUAGAGGAAGCCUUAGAAGCUGUGAAGAAUGCCACCAACGAACAAGACCUUGCGAACCGCUUCAAAGAAUUUGGAAAAGAGAUGGUGAAGCUUAACUACGUAGCUGCUAGAAGGCAACAGGAGCUAAAGGAUCCCCACUGUAGAGAUGAAAUGGCUGCAGCUCGUGGUGCCUUGAAGAAAAAUGCAACGAUGCUGUACACUGCUUCGCAAGCUUUCCUCCGCCACCCUGAUGUUGCAGCCACCAGAGCCAACAGGGAUUAUGUCUUCAAACAAGUCCAAGAAGCCAUUGCUGGGAUUUCCAAUGCAGCUCAGGCCACCUCACCUACCGACGAGAACAAGGGGCACACUGGAAUUGGGGAGCUUGCUGCAGCCCUGAACGAGUUUGACAACAAGAUCAUCUUAGAUCCCAUGACGUUCAGCGAAGCCCGAUUUCGACCCUCCCUCGAAGAGAGGUUGGAGAGCAUUAUCAGCGGGGCUGCACUCAUGGCCGAUUCGUCUUGUACCCGUGAUGACCGGCGGGAGAGAAUUGUUGCUGAAUGCAAUGCAGUGAGACAGGCCCUGCAGGAUUUGCUGACCGAAUACAUGAAUAAUACUGGAAGGAAGGAGAAAGGAGACCCACUGAACAUAGCAAUUGACAAGAUGACCAAGAAGACGAGAGAUCUACGAAGACAGUUGCGGAAAGCCGUGAUGGAUCACAUAUCGGAUUCCUUCCUUGAGACCAACGUCCCGUUGCUGGUUCUCAUCGAAGCAGCCAAGAGCGGUAAUGAGAAAGAAGUGAAAGAAUAUGCUCAAGUGUUCCGUGAACAUGCAAACAAGUUGGUGGAGGUUGCCAAUUUGGCUUGUUCCAUUUCCAAUAACGAAGAAGGUGUAAAAUUAGUCCGGAUGGCAGCAACCCAGAUUGAUAGCCUAUGCCCACAGGUAAUAAAUGCAGCUCUUACCUUGGCUGCCAGACCUCAGAGCAAAGUGGCCCAGGACAACAUGGACGUCUUCAAAGACCAGUGGGAGAAGCAGGUGCGGGUUCUUACCGAGGCAGUCGAUGACAUCACUUCUGUGGAUGAUUUUCUUUCCGUCUCAGAAAACCAUAUUCUGGAGGAUGUCAACAAAUGUGUGAUUGCGCUGCAAGAAGGUGAUGUAGACACACUGGACAGAACCGCAGGGGCGAUUCGAGGACGUGCUGCCAGGGUUAUCCAUAUCAUUAAUGCCGAGAUGGAAAAUUAUGAAGCUGGGGUUUACACAGAGAAAGUUUUAGAAGCAACCAAGCUGCUUUCUGAAACAGUGAUGCCGCGUUUUGCUGAACAAGUGGAAGUCGCUAUUGAAGCCCUGAGUGCAAACGUCCCACAGCCGUUUGAAGAGAAUGAGUUCAUUGACGCCUCUCGCUUGGUUUAUGAUGGUGUUCGGGACAUCAGGAAAGCUGUACUGAUGAUAAGGACUCCUGAAGAGCUAGAGGAUGAUUCUGAUUUUGAACAGGAAGAUUAUGAUGUUCGGAGCCGGACAAGUGUUCAGACUGAAGAUGAUCAGCUUAUUGCUGGCCAAAGUGCAAGGGCAAUCAUGGCCCAGCUUCCCCAGGAAGAGAAGGCGAAAAUAGCUGAGCAGGUGGAGAUAUUCCACCAAGAAAAGAGCAAACUGGAUGCUGAAGUGGCCAAAUGGGAUGACAGUGGCAAUGACAUCAUUGUCUUGGCCAAGCAGAUGUGCAUGAUCAUGAUGGAGAUGACAGAUUUCACCAGGGGCAAGGGGCCAUUGAAGAAUACAUCUGAUGUCAUCAAUGCUGCCAAGAAGAUUGCAGAAGCCGGUUCCAGAAUGGACAAACUGGCUCGUGCUGUGGCUGAUCAGUGUCCUGAUUCAGCCUGUAAGCAAGACCUACUAGCAUAUCUUCAACGUAUUGCCCUUUACUGUCACCAGCUUAAUAUCUGUAGCAAGGUCAAAGCAGAGGUCCAAAACCUAGGAGGAGAACUGAUCGUUUCCGGGACCGGAGUUCAGAGCACUUUCACUACCCUUUAUGAGGUAGAGUGUGAUGUCAUAGAUGGGGGCAGGGCUAGUCAACUUUCUACCCACCUACCCACCUGUGCUGAAGGAGCUACGGUUGCAAACGGAGGUGGGGACUCUUCCAUGCUGGACAGCGCGACAUCCCUCAUUCAAGCAGCUAAAAACCUGAUGAACGCCGUGGUCCUUACUGUAAAAGCUUCAUAUGUGGCUUCAACCAAAUAUCAGAAAGUCUAUGGCACCGCUGCCGUCAAUUCGCCUGUGGUGUCAUGGAAGAUGAAGGCCCCGGAAAAGAAACCAUUAGUCAAGAGAGAAAAGCCGGAGGAAUAUCAGACCAGAGUACGAAGAGGUUCUCAAAAGAAACACAUUUCUCCAGUACAAGCUCUAAGUGAAUUUAAAGCGAUGGAUUCCUUCUAAUUCACCAAGCUUCACCACAAGGGGUUUUAUAUUUCCUUCCAUGUUUUUGUAUGCAUUCCUGCCGACUUGUAUGUGUCUGGCAUGGGGUGGUGGUGGGGAGAAGCAGGAUAAUAAAGCAGUGUCAAUUUGCAUGCAACUGAGACUCUAUUAAGCCAUCGUACAGUUUUCCUUCCCAAAAGACACACGGUGUUUCUUACGUUGACUAGAGGCCCAUCUCACUGACCUCUUUCCUAAAGUAGCAAAAGAAAAAAAAAAGUUUUAUUUUAUUUUAUUG